AUGGGCCGGAAACGCGCUGAUAUGGUCACAAAUAUUGUAAAUAUAUACUUACCCAACGGUAUCUAUGUUUUAAAUCGUGCAACGAUACCAAUGGGCGAGAAAUCACGCGAUGAUCUCGAUGUUGCCUACAACAAGGAAUUGAAUGAAUUGCGCGCAAAAUACGAUAAUCUGUUUAAACCCAUCUACGAUGAAAGAGAAAAGGUACUUACAACACCAUCUGGAGAUGAAAAGGGAACACCUGCGCUACCCAAGUUCUGGUUAACCGCUAUGAAGAACAACAACACACUCCGUUCGAUUAUCGAGUUUCGCGAUGAGCCGGUAUUGGCUUACCUCUCUGACGUUAAGGCCGAAUUUUUGGAACCCUUGAAACAAGAAUCAUUCAGAAUCAUGAUGACAUUCGACGAAAAUCCAUACUUCUCAAAUAAGGUCUUGACAAAACAGUACACGAUGAAGGUAAUUGACGGCGAAGUAGAGGCGCUGCUACAAGGAACAGAAGCAACGGAAAUCAACUGGUACCCAGACAAGGAUGUUACACGCCAGACUGUUACCAAGAUUCAACGCCACAAACGUACCAAGGAAACAAGAACAAAAACUGAAAUUGAAGACCAGCCCAGCUUCUUCCGUUUCUUUACUACGCAAGAAGUACCUUCAAACGAGGCACUAUCCCGUAUGACGAAACAGGAGAUCGCUGAACUGGAAAUGUACGUGGAGGAAGACUACGACAUCGGUAUCGUGAUCAGGUUAUCGGGAGAUUCUAUUUUCUGUGCCUCUGGCGACGUGGCCGAUCAACAGUAUCUGACACAGCUGCUACAGGCGACGGUUCGACGUGAAAUGCUGGACCAUAAUAAUGAUGUGAAAAGAUGCCAUCUAGGACCGGAAUCGCUACACAAUUACUUGAGCCGCGUCUUCUAUUCAAGGCGCUCUAAGAUGAACCCUUUGUGGAACUCCGCCAUAGUUGCCGGGUACUCAAAAGGCGUACCUUUUGUUGGUUACUCGGAUAUGCACGGUACACAGUACAAGGAUGACUUCGUCGUAACAGGCAUGGGAAAAUACUUCGCCAUUGGACCUUUGCGUGAAAAACACGAUGUCAAUAUGAGCCGAGAAGAAGCUCGGGAGUUGGCCAUCGAGUGCAUGAGGCUAUUGUUUCUGCGUGAUUGCGCUGCAGGCGAUCGCGUACAAAUCGCAUAUGUUACGGAUAAAGGGGUAGAGUUCGAGGGACCUAUGAAGUUAGAAGCGGAAUGGUAUGUGUUUUACAUUGAUUAUUUCAAUGAUUUCAGGCGGUACGAGAAGUUCAUCUCACCCACAUCUCAGAAGGCAAUAGCAAGUUGCCAAUUUUAA